GGUGCAUUUCCAGGCGUCGCGCUCCAGUGCGCGGUAGAGAGCCCUGAACUCGGAGCGCUGAGAGUCCCAGCAGGGCAAGGGGGCGCGGCGUCCUGGUCCUCGCGCUUGGGAGACAGAUGCGCCUGGGCGUCGGGGCAUGCGGACCUAAGCUCGGGUGAAGCUCUCGGGAAGGGCAAGACGGCUGCGACGAGAUGCGAGCAGAGGAGCCCAGCGCCCCGGGAGCCCAGCGCGCGCCGGGCCCUGAGCUGCGCCUGUCCAGCCAGCUGCUGCCCGACCUCUGUACCUUCGUGGUGCGCGUCCUUUUCUACCUGGGGCCUGUCUACCUAGUUGGCUACCUGGGGCUCAGCAUAACCUGGUUGCUGCUCGGCGCCCUGCUGUGGAUGUGGUGGCGCAGGAACCGCCGCGGGAAGCUCGGGCGCCUGGCCGCCGCCUUCGAAUUCCUUGACAAUGAACGCGAGUUCAUCAGCCGCGAGCUGCGAGGCCAGCACCUGCCAGCCUGGAUCCACUUCCCCGACGUGGAGCGGGUCGAGUGGGCCAACAAGAUCAUCUCUCAGAUCUGGCCCUACCUGAGCAUGAUCAUGGAAAGCAAGUUCCGGGAGAAACUUGAGCCGAAGAUCCGGGAGAAGAGCAUCCACCUGAGGACCUUUACCUUUACCAAGCUCUACUUUGGACAGAAGUGCCCCAGGGUCAACGGUGUCAAGGCACAUACUAACAAGUGCAAUCGAAGGCGUGUGACUGUGGACCUGCAGAUCUGCUACAUCGGGGACUGUGAGAUCAGUGUGGAGCUGCAGAAGAUUCAGGCUGGUGUGAACGGGAUCCAGUUGCAGGGCACCCUGCGGGUCAUCCUGGAGCCCCUCCUAGUGGACAAGCCCUUCGUGGGAGCCGUGACUGUGUUCUUCCUUCAGAAGCCGCACCUACAGAUCAACUGGACUGGCCUGACCAACCUGCUGGAUGCACCGGGAAUCAAUGAGGUGUCAGACAGCCUGCUGGAGGACCUCAUUGCUGCCCACCUGGUGCUGCCUAACCGUGUGACUGUGCCUGUGAAGAAGGGGCUGGAUCUGACCAACCUGCGCUUCCCUCUGCCCUGCGGGGUGAUCAGAGUGCACUUGCUGGAGGCAGAGAAGCUGGCCCAGAAGGACAACUUCCUGGGGCUCCGAGGCAAGUCAGACCCCUACGCCAAGGUGAGCAUUGGCCUGCAGCAUUUCCGGAGUAGGACCAUCUACAGGAACCUGAACCCCACCUGGAACGAGGUGUUUGAGUUCAUGGUGUAUGAAGUCCCUGGGCAGGACCUGGAGGUAGACCUGUAUGAUGAGGAUACCGACAGGGAUGACUUCCUGGGCAGCCUGCAGAUCUGCCUUGGAGAUGUCAUGACCAACAGAGUGGUGGAUGAGUGGUUUGUCCUGAAUGACACAACCAGCGGGCAUCUGCACCUGCGGCUGGAGUGGCUUUCAUUGCUUACCAACCAGGAAGCUCUGACCGAGGACCAUGGUGGCUUUUCCACUGCCAUUCUCGUGGUCUUCUUGGAGAGCGCCUGCAACUUGCCGAGAAACCCUUUUGACUACCUGAAUGGUGAAUAUCGAGCCAAAAAACUCUCCAGGUUUGCCAGAAACAAGGUCAGCAAAGACCCUUCUUCCUAUGUCAAACUAUCUGUAGGCAAGAAGACACAUACAAGUAAGACUUGUCCCCACAACAAGGACCCUGUCUGGAGCCAGGUUUUCUCCUUCUUUGUGCACAAUGUGGCCACUGAGCAGCUCCACCUGAAGGUGCUUGAUGAUGACCAGGAGUGUGCUCUGGGAAUGCUGGAUGUCCCCCUGUGCCAGAUCCUCCCCUAUGCUGACCUCACUCUUGAGCAACGCUUUCAGCUGGACCACUCAGGCCUGGACAGCCUUAUCUCCAUGAGGCUGGUGCUUCGGUUCCUGCGAGUGGAGGAACGAGAGCUGGGGAGCCCAUACACAGGACCUGAAGCCCUAAAGAAAGGCCCUCUGCUCAUCAAGAAGGUGGUUACCAACCAGGAUCCCAAAGCCCCACCUCAGGAAGAAGGCCCUACAGAUUUGCCUUGUCCCCCAGACCCUGCUUCUGAUACUAAGGACACAUCCAAGAGUACCACAACCACCACCAGUGCUACCACCGUUGCCACUGAGCCCACACCCCAAGAGACAGGCCCAGAGCCUAAAGGCAAGGACAGUGCCAAAAGGUUCUGUGAGCCCAUGGGAGAGAAGAAGAGUUCAGCCACCAUCUUCCUGACUGUCCCGGGUCCCCACUCUCCAGGGCCCAUCAAGUCACCCAGACCCAUGAAAUGCCCUGCCUCCCCAUUCGCAUGGCCGCCCAAGAGGCUGCCUCCCAGCAUGUCCUCGCUCAACUCCUUGGCCUCUUCUUGCUUUGACCUGGCAGAUAGCAGCCUCAACAUUGAAGGCGGAGACCUCAGGCGACGGCAGCUGGGCGAGAUUCAGCUCACAGUGCGCUAUGUGUGUCUGCGGCGCUGCCUCAGCGUGCUGAUCAAUGGCUGCAGAAACCUGACACCAUGUACCAGCAGUGGAGCUGAUCCCUACGUCCGUGUCUACUUGUUGCCAGAAAGGAAGUGGGCGUGUCGUAAGAAGACUUCAGUGAAGCGGAAGACCUUGGAACCUCUGUUUGAUGAGACAUUUGAAUUUUUUGUUCCCAUGGAAGAAGUAAAGAAGAGGUCACUAGAUGUUGCAGUGAAAAAUAGUAGGCCACUUGGCUCACACAGAAGAAAGGAGUUAGGAAAAGUACUGAUUGACUUAUCAAAAGAAGAUCUGAUUAAGGGCUUUUCACAAUGGUAUGAGCUGACUCCAAAUGGACAGCCCAGAAGCUGAUGAUGAGAAUCCUUAUCACUCACCUUUAUAUUAAAAUGUGUAUAUAUGUAUAUAUAUUUUUCCUUUGG